AACUACGUACAGCUUCAAAGUCACAUUUCCCUUUACCUUUCCCUCCCCAUUUCUUUUUUCUCUUGCGACAAUUCUCAGACUAAGAAACGAAGCCAUGUCUUCCACUCGUAGUGGUCGUCAUCGUCGUCCUUCUUCAUCUUCUUCUGUACCAUCAAAUUCAUUGUUGAAGUCUAUAAAGGAACCCCCACACAACAUUUUUCCCUCUAAGGACGAGUUCCUGAGACUCGUGGCGGUGCUCGCCAUCGCUUCCUCUGUCGCCGUUUGUUGCAACAUCUUCUUCACUCUCAUCAACCGCCAACCAAAGCCCUUCUGCGAUUCCCACAACUCUCACUCUCCAGAUUCUAUCUCCGAUUUCUGUGAGCCUUGUCCAAGUAAUGGAGAAUGUAACCAAGGCAAGUUGGAAUGUGUUCGUGGUUAUAGAAAGCAUGGGAAGUUGUGUGUAGAAGAUGGAGAUAUUAAUGAAACAGCUAAGAAAAUUUUGAAGUGGAUAGAGAUUCAUCUUUGUGAAGCACAAGCUCAAUUUUUAUGCGAUGGACUUGGGGCAGUUUGGGUCAGAGAGGAUGAUAUAUGGAAGGAGUUAGAUGGACAUGAUUUGGUGAAAAAUGUUGGCUUGGACGAUGGCACCUUUUUGUAUUCAAAACAAAGGGUAAUGGAUGCUGUUAGUAGAUUAUUGGAGACAAGGACAGAUCCUCAUGGGAUCAAAGAGUUGAAGUGCCCUGACUUGUUAGCAGAGCAUUACAAGCUAGUUGCCUGUCGUAUCCAUCAGUGGUUCUCUGAGCAUGCUCUUAUAGUUUUCCCAGUUUCCACACUGCUUAUUGGAUGCACAGUGUUAUUCUGGAAAGUUCAUCAGAGACAAUAUAUAUCAAGCAGAGUCGAAGAACUUUAUCACCAGGUUUGUGAAAUACUCGAAGAUAAUGCGUUGUUGUCAAAGAGAGAAAAUGGGGAAUGUGAACCUUGGGUUGUUGCUUCUAGGUUAAGAGAUCAUCUUCUUUUGCCAAGAGAGAGGAAAAACCGUGUGUUAUGGAAAAAGGUAGAAGAACUGGUUCAAGAAGAUUCCCAAGUAGAUCGUUAUCCAAAGCUGGUGAAGGGCGAGUCAAAAGUAGUAUGGGAAUGGCAAGUUGAAGGCUCUUUGAGCUCCUCAAAGGUGAGAAAAAAAGUAGAGGCAAACAAAUUGAAGUCCACUGAAGGCAUCGCCAUAAAUUCUGAUCAAUUACACUGCACAUUGAAGGCUGCUGAACUUAUAUAUAUCAAACCACCAAUCUUGUGCAGAGCCCAAGGCAUCGAUUUUUUGACAUGGGGCAUUCUUCAAAAAGUUGGGGUCAUCUCUCAAUCCCUUGUGCUGAAACAACUUAGAGCCUAGCCUGUCUUUUUAAAUGUUAAGUCUGGCUCAUUGUUUUAUACUGGUAAGGGGUUGAACAUGAUGCCUGAUCAAUGGAAAGUUUGUAGAAGGGUUCAAUUGUGAUAUUAUCAAUUGAAAGUUCAUAACCUUCUGAUUUAAGAGUGUUGAGGUUCUAUCAAGUUUAGAGAUGAAUUCAGAAGGUCUGGUUAUCUCCUGUACAUCUGUGCUCUUUUUGGGUCCUGUGAAUAGUUGAAUAAAUACAAGGUUUCAGAUUAUCUUUUCAA